UUUUUUUUGCAUAUGGGCUGUGUUAGUUAGAAAUAAAGUCCAAGCUAACAGCAAAAUAAAUUUAGAUUUGCUAGUUCAUCUUUUUCUAAUAUUCAUUAGAAUAGAAAAGUAAGUAUUGAAUGCCCAAACACAACAGACAAUAAUAAACCAAUUUUAUAGUAUAGAUCAAUUGAUAUUACCAAUGAUGAAGAAUUUAUUUUAAAAAGAGAUAAGAAAUUUAUUGCUUCAAAUAAGGAAUCACCUACUACUACCCCAAAAUUUAAUUAAUAGAAUCCAGUGUAUAUUGGUCAAAGAAAAAAUAUUAAAUUGAUGUGAAACCAGUGGC